AUGGAUUAGGUAAAAUACUUUAUAAGAAAUCUCAUAAUAAAACCAUAAAGUAUAGAUCAAAAUUUAUUAUGCUUAAUUUGUCAAGAAUUUGUUAUUGAUCCUCAAGAAUGUUAAUCGUGUUAAACAUUAUUUUGUACUUUUUGCAUUAAUUAAUGGUUGCAAAAUUAAUGUAAUUAAUUUUCUUUUACAUAGAAACAUGCCCUAAUAUGUGCAAAUAAAUUAUAUUAAGUAAACCUCAUCGAAUGUUUUAGAAUGCUAUCCAAUAAAUUCUUGUUAAGUGUGAAAAUCAUGGAUGUGAAUAAUAAAUGAAAUUGGAAGAUUUUGAAAAUCAUCGCAAAAAUUGCAAGAAUAAAUUAAAUUUUUCAAAAGAGUUAUCUAAUUUUUUAGGAAAAGGUUAAAUAAGUAAAAUUUAUUGUGAUAAAUGCAAUACAUAAUUUAUAAUAUUUGAGCAUCAUGAAUGUAUCAAAUCAUUAAACCACAAAAUAAAAGAAGUUCAGACUAACUUUUAAUAAUUUUAACAGCAUACUAAUAAAAUUAUUGCUGAUUUACUAUAAAAGGUUAUUUAAUAUGAAUAGAAAUAAUUGAUUAGUAGUUAAUCAAGGAUUAUUCCAUAAUGUGUUUAAGGACACAUAUUGAAAUGGAUUUACCCUUAAAAUAAUGCAUUAUGCUAAAAUUGUAAGCUUUCUACUUCAGCAGCUCGAUAUAUUUGUGAAUAGUGUAGAACAUAUUAUUGUUAAUAAUGUAGAAAACCUUAAUUUAAAGAUGGUGUUUGCCCUAUAGGUCAUGCUCUACAAUUUAAUAUUUAAGUAAAUAUUAUUGAUAAAAUAAGGCUUUACCAUAAGUAUAUUGUGAUUACUGCUUGGAAAACAUUUUUUCAAGAGGAGAAUCUGUGUAUUAAGAUAGAUUUUGUGAUUUAGAUAUUUGCAAUAGUUGCUACAACAGUUUACAAAAUAAUUAUCAAUGA